AUGACUACCUACCCUGGCCCAAAGCCGGGCGCCGUCAAUGGAUUCGUGGGGGCCGUUGGCAAUACGCCCCUCAUUCGCCUCAACAAGCUCAGCGAGAAGACGGGAGCUGAGAUCUAUGGCAAGGCAGAAUUCAUGGAGCCAGGAGGCAGUGUCAAGGAUCGAGCCGCCUUGUGGGUCGUCAUGGACGCAGAGAAGAAGGGGCUCAUCAAGCCUGGUGGGACCGUCGUCGAAGGGACUGCUGGCAACACCGGUAUCGGCUUGGCUCACGUCUGCCGAUCCAAAGGAUACCGCUGCGUCAUCUACAUGCCCAACACCCAGUCGCAAGAGAAGAUCGAUCUGCUCCGCAUGCUGGGAGCUGAGGUGUACCCCGUCCCUGCCGUGCCCUUUGAUAAUCCCGAGAACUACAAUCACCAAGCUCGCCGCCACGCCGAGUCGCUCGACAACGCCGUCUGGACCAACCAAUUCGACAAUGUCGCCAACCGCCAAGCGCACAUCGAGUCGACGGGCCCCGAGAUUUGGGCUCAGACCAACGGCGGCGAGUUUGACGGCUUCAUCGCAGCUACGGGAACGGGCGGUACGCUCGCAGGAACCACGCGCUACCUCAAGGACAAGUCGCAGGGUCGCAUCCAAUGCUGGCUCGCCGACCCGCCCGGAUCAGUCCUCCACCAAUUCAUCCAGAACAAGAAGCUCGAGCGGACCGGCAACGGCUCCAUGACCGAGGGCAUUGGUCAAGGACGAAUUACCGAGAACCUGAAGCCUGAGGUUGAGGCGGGGUUGAUCGACAACUCCCUCCACGUACCAGACGCCGACUCUAUUCGUACCGUGUAUGAGAUGCUGGACGAGGAAGGCAUCUACAUCGGUGCGAGCUCGGCGCUGAAUGUUUGGGCGGCUGGGCAGAUGGGGGCAAAGAUGGGCAAGGGGAGCAGGAUUGUCACCAUCAUCUGCGAUGGGGCCUACCGAUACCAGAACCGCCUCUUCUCGAGGAAAUGGCUCGAGUCCAAGGGGCUGGACAAGGCGAUCCCCGACCACUUGCAGAGGUACAUUGUCCUGCCGUAG